AUGGCUCGGAUUGGCCAUGUAAAGUUGGAGAGGCGGCCUGCCUGGGUCCUCGCGUCCAUGACUGCAAGCAUCCUCUGCUUCACAAUAUAUGCGUACCACGGCGGCACUCGUCUCGACUGGCGCAGCACGGCACAGCACUUGCAGCCGCCUGCCCAACCAGAAAGCACCACCCCCGAGGCCCCCAAGAGCCCCGGGAGCCCGCCGAGCCGGGGCCAACCCAAUCAAGCAGGCGCGGCUCACUUGCCAGCAUGGGUCGAGACACCAAAGGUCUUCGACGUCGCUCAGGUCUCGGAUUACCUGCCGCCGCCUUUCUCACUCGGCACGCCCAUUGCACUUUACCCCCAGCUCGCACAGGCCGUGGACAGGUUCCUCUCGAGGCCUGUCCUCACACACAAGCAGGCCAGCCAACAGAACCAGGACGCCUGCCCCCUGGAGCAAGCCAAUGCCCAGGUCAACGCGGACCAGCUCAAAAACGACCACGAGAAAUGGCUCGCCGUCGAUCCCGAGACGAUUGACCGCAUGCGCAGAGGCGCUCUGGACUAUCUCGAGCAGCAUACCGCCAGCGAGGGAGAGGCUGCCCUCAUCGGCCCUGGGUUUGGUCUAGAUGGGAAGCCCGUCCGCCAGGGUUCGCGCGGCAUCGUAUUUGCCGCAGGAAACCACAGGACUGUAGACAGGGCCAUCGGGUGCAUCAAGGAGAUCCAGAAGCUGGGAUGGCAGCGUGGCGCGAUAGAAGUGUUCCACUUUGAGGGCGAGCUGACGGACGAGGGUCAGAGGCAGCAGCUGAGAGACCUCGGCGCCACUCCUCACAUGGUCUCGACCCAGAAAACCCCCGGCCGCUGGAAGAACUUUGAGCUCAAGGCCGAGGCCAUCCUUCGCAGUUCCUUUGACGAGGUGCUCUACCUAGACUCGGACAACUAUCCCUUGUCCGACGUGGGCGCCCUCUUCGACUCAUCCCUUUUCCGGGAUGCCCGAGGAGGGAACGCCGUCUUUUGGCCAGACCUGAACCGUGACCAUCCGGACAAUGCCAUCCACCGUGUGCUUGGUAUCCCCUGCCACAAUGCCUGGGAGCAUGACAGUGGGCAGAUACUCAUCGCGAAGUCCGGCAACGAUGGACUGAACCUCGCCGCAUUGUAUCUGGCUCAGUACAUGGCUGAGGAGGGGGACUUCUGGUUUAGCGGUGGCGACAAGGAUACAUUCCGCUAUGCCUUCCUGGCUCUUGGGAUAACCUAUACACCCGCCCCGCGCUGGCUGUCCCUGCUGGGCAACCGCGAUCAAAGAGACAACUUCUGCGGCGCUGCUAUGCUACAGUACGGCCUUAGUCCGCCACGAGAUGGGCGUGCCGAUCCAGCCGACCCGUCGCAUCCAGAACCGUUGUUUGUGCACGCCAACCUACUCAAGCACAUGAGUGGUGUACGCCCAGGUGACGUGUUCACCCUAUUCAGACGCCUAGUCCCGGGGCAGGACGAUGUUCGCACCGAGUACCGCCCAGCUGCCGCCCUGCAUAGUGUCACUGGUGGCGGAAGCUCUGUCGCGGGUAGAGGCCUGUGCAGUGAUAUUAUCGCGUUCCGAGGCGGGGCUGAAGUCGAAACCAUAGAUACCAAAACGUCCUUUGGGGGCAUGAUGAAGGACUUCGAAGAGCAAUUCUUCAGUUAUGGAGCUCUCCCAGGACUUUGGCGCUAG